AUGGUGUUUUAUCCUCCAAGUUGGGUGCCACAGCUCCCCAUUGAUCCCCCAGACUCGAUCACAAUCUCAGAGUUUAUGAGCAAUGAAAAGUACGGAAGAUGUCCAAUCUCGAAAAGUCGUAACCCUUUCACGUGCGGCCUGACUGGGCGGUCGUUCUCGACCAAUGACUUUUUCCAGCGAUCAGAAUGUCUCGCUAGGGCCCUCAGCAAGAAGAUGGCUUGGCUGCCAAAUGAGGGCACCUGCUGGGACAAGGUUAUUAGUAUCUUCUCGUUGAACACGAUUGAUUAUAUUCCCGUCGCAUAUUCCAUCCACAGACUCUCGGGAAUUGCUACUCCUGCCAAUGCAGCAUACACAGAUGUUGAGCUUACGCAUCAGCUCAAAUCCUCAGGGGCGCAAGUCCUCUUCACAUGCGUACCACUUUUGGACACGGCACUCAAAGCCGCCAAGGCAAGCGGCAUCCCAAAUGACAGAAUCUUCAUCAUACCCAUGGUGGGCAAUGAGAAGAAAGUUCCGUUCCAGAGCAUUGAAGAGCUCAUUUCGGAAGGAAGCCAUCUACCAGAACUCGAGUCCUUGUCAUGGACAGAAGGCCAAGGUGCACGACAACCUGCUUUCCUCUGCUACUCUAGUGGCACUUCAGGAUUACCGAAAGCGGUCAUGAUCUCACACAGAAAUGUCAUUGCAAACAUCUUGCAACACGCUACAUAUGAGUCGGUAGCUAGGAAACAACGUGGAGUUUUUACCCAGGUUGAACUGGGCCUCAUGCCCUUCAGUCACAUUUACGGUCUCAUCGUCAUUUCUCAUACGGCUCCUUGGCGUGGUGAUGAGAUUAUUGUCUUGCCCAAGUUCGAGCUCGAGACGUACCUUGCUGCGAUUCAGCGCUUCAAAAUCGAACAUCUCGUCAUUGUCCCGCCUAUUGUUAUCCGCAUGAUCCAGAUGAAGGACUGCUGUAGCAAGUAUGAUUUGAGCAGUGUGAGAUUCGUAUACUCGGGAGCUGCACCACUGGGCGAGGAAACCAUCAAGGAGCUCAAUGCGAUUUACCCCAAAUGGACCAUUGCUCAGGCAUACGGUAUGACGGAGACAGCGGUUGUUGUCAGCUCUACUAGCGAACAUGACGUUUUGAACAAGUCAUCCGGCUCACUGCUGCCCAGCGUCCGAGUCAAGAUUGUCGACCUCGAGGGCAACGAAGUGACCAAGCACGACUCACCCGGAGAGAUACUGGUGCAAUCUCCUGCCGCAGUGCUUGGAUAUUUGAACAACGAAAAGGCAUCGACGGAAACCUUUAUCCACGACAAGGAUGGUCGGUGGGUAAAGACAGGAGACGAGGGUGUGAUCACCAAGUCAGCCGCAGGCAAUGAGCAUCUCGUCAUUGUCGACAGGAUCAAGGAGCUGAUCAAGGUCAAGGGUCACCAAGUUGCCCCGGCGGAGCUUGAAGCACAUAUUCUAGCACACAGCGCCGUGUCUGAUUGUGCAGUCAUUCAGACCCCCGACGAUGCUAGCGGAGAGGUUCCCAAGGCGUUUGUGGUCAAGUCGCCGGAAUUCAAGAACAAACCAGACGAGGAGGUUGCGCAAGCCAUCAUGAAGCAUGUCGCAGAUCACAAAUCGCACUACAAGAGAAUCACAGGCGGAGUAGAAUUUCUAGACGAGAUACCCAAAAGCCCAAGUGGCAAAAUCCUGAGGAGACUUCUCCGGGAUAGAGAGAAGGAGAGGAGAAGAAAGGCAGGUGCCAAGUUGUAA